UCUUCCCCAGAAUUUUUUUGUUCUUUCAAGCCCAGGCAUUAAAAAUUGGCGAGCAAAAGCACGUCGCAACGCUCCGGGGGUCCGCGUCACCAGCCUCCGCUGCCCAGAGCUCCUGCGGCCACCCGGGGCAGGCGCGCUCUCCCCGCGCCGCGCGCCCUCCUUCCGGCUCGCGGACUCCCUCAGCUCUUCUACGCGCGCCGCGGCCGCGCUCGCCAGUCCUUCGGCAGUUUCCGGAGCCACUCGCAGCUGGCGGCGGAGACACUCGCGUCGCGAGCUGCAGAUGUCGGACCGGCAGGCUGCUGAGGGGCCGGGUCUCUGGAGCCCGGCAGACCGCCGAGGGUCGGCGGGCGGCGUCGGGGACGGCCUGGGAGUGCAGGGGAGCCAGGCGGCCGCCUCAGGGUUGAGAGAUUUCUAUUCAGAGUCUACAUGUGGUCUGCACACCCAUGAGAAAAGGGAGAAGCUGCCUCCUUCUGAGAUUCCCUGGUGCAUGUUGGAUUCAUUCAGCAUUAGCACAGAGAAUGAAGAUACAGAAAAUACUAAGGGCGCUGCUCUGUUGACGUCUGGCUCUGAAUCAGAACCUUGUUCCUCACCUCACAGGCCACAGAUGGUAUCUCCGGUAAGUAAGGAUGCCACAGAAGAACUGCAGAAAGCAGCUGGUGCCUUGGAGACUCAGGCAUUGGUGGAACAGGAUUUGCUGACUACAGACCAGGCCCAGGUCCUCAAUGAGCAGAUGCCCAAGUAUCAAGUUCCACAAAGGUCUGGGGACAUCGUUAUGAUCCAGUCUGAGCAUACGGGAGCUAUAGACAUUAUUUCAGCUGAUUUGGAAUCUGCAGAUCUUCUGGGGGACCACAGGAAAGUCUCACCACCUCUAAUGGCUCCUCCGUGCAUCUGGACCUUUGCCAAGGUGAAGGAGUUCAAAAGCAAGCUGGGCAAAGAGAAGAACAGCCGUCUGGUGGUGAAGCGGGGCGAGGUGGUGACUAUCAGGGUACCUACCCACCCAGAAGGGAAGCGUGUCUGCUGGGAGUUUGCAACUGAUGACUAUGACAUUGGCUUUGGAGUUUAUUUUGACUGGACCCCUGUAACCAGCACUGACAUAACUGUGCAGGUCAGUGAUUCCAGUGAGGAUGAGGAUGAAGAAGAGGAAGAGGAGGAAGAGAUUGAAGAACCUGUUCCAGUUGGAGAUGUGGAGAGAGGCUCCAGGAGUUCCCUGCGGGGUCGCUACGGGGAGGUCAUGCCUGUGUACCGGCGGGACAGCCACCGAGAUGUGCAGGCUGGCAGCCACGACUACCCUGGCGAGGGCAUCUACCUGCUCAAGUUCGACAACUCCUAUUCCCUGCUACGCAACAAGACUCUCUACUUCCACGUCUAUUAUACUAGCUGAAGAGCCUCUGGGACAGGGGGCAGGCUGUAUUUGCUGGCUGAAGCAAGCUGCCAGCUGGUCCUCUUAUUUGGGAUAGGCAAGAGCUAAAAGUACAGCAUGAGGCUUCUGAGCCUCAUGGCCUGUCCGGUGUGCCUGACUGUUGACCCUACAUAGCUUUUUCCCUUCUUGGCUUCUUCGGGUGGUGGUGUAGUGCUCCUGUUCCGUGGUCCCUCACUUGUGCUCUUCUUGGUUCAGAUCCAGCAAAAUCCCUCUGUAAAGGUACCUAUUAGGCACAAGCCUAAAAGGAAGUAGAAUGUUGUCUUUUAAAUAUAGAUUUGUUGGGGUGGCCACCUGUGGCUCAAGGAGUAAGGCACUGGCCCCAUAUACCAGAGGUGGCAGGUUCAAAUCUGGCCCUUGGCCAAAUAAAAAUAGAUGCGUUUUGGUACAAGUUUUAUCAUUCAGAUUGCUGCUGUCGCCUUUCCCAGAGAUCUUACUGCUGAUGCAUUUAAUGGUAUCCACUCUCUUUACUUUUUGAGGUGCCAGAAGAGGGAAAAGCACAUUGUCCAUGAGGGACCCCAGUCUCUUGGAUGGAGAAAGCUCUGUCCAGCCUCUUAACCACUGCCAUAUUCCUGCCUGCUGGUUAUUCUUGGUCUCUGCAUAGGCUGGGAGACCUCACUGCCUUUGGAAGGAUAUUAUUAUUCCUGAUGGUUAGAUGCCUUGUCUUUUCUCUUUCCUAAGUCUUUGUUAUUGCCAUUACAGCAAGAACUUUUCAUGCAAUCUAAAGUGAUGAUCAGUGUAACCGAGAUAUUCUGGAAAGAAAAACUGCCUCAUUAUUUCCUGUUCCAAGAGUUAGUUUCCCUUCCCUGGGGGACUGGCAGUCAAAGUGGAUAGGGUAGAAACUAGGUACUGAGUUGAUCUCAGAACCCAUGUCUUUGAAAGUUAUGUUAUUAAUUAUUUUUUUUGUAUAAUCAAAGAAGAAAGGGUAUACUUUGUGAGAGAUUUUAAAAAAAAACACUCCAGAUUUCCCACAACCUUUUUUUUUUUUUUUUUUGUCUUUAGAGCAGGCGCGUUAUUAGAAUUUUGCUUUGGAACCAAAUGCAGUGAAAUCUAAUCAGGUUUCCAGUGGGUUUCUUGUAUUGAGGGCUUAAAGCUUUUGGUGUUUAGAGUUCCUUAGGAAAGAUGAUAAUGAAGCUUCACUGUUGCUGCUGAUUGUAUUUGUUCUUCAUUGACCAAAGCUUGCAUUUCCCUGGUGACAGCCUUCCCCACUCUACUAAGCCGGAUGCCCUGCAGGGCCACAUAAUGCAAGUGGUGCUGUAGCCAGUGGUCAUCAGGGCACUAGGUGCUGGGCCUCAGGUGGAGAAGGAGAAUGAAAUGAGACCUCAGCGCUUGUCUGUCCCUUGUUUUUUAUUCCUUAGUCUGUUACUGCCUCCAGAUUUUGAGGAAUAAUUAGAUUUAUUUAUUACUUUAUUUAUUAUUUUUUUUUUAGCACAUUUCAUUUUGCCCCUGAAACAGUUUCCAUCUGUUUCUCAGAAAGCUUCUCAUCUGUUCUGAGCCACAGAAGCCACCUCUUCUAUAGUGUUAAAGAUAAUAAUUUCAGGAGAAUUUGGGAAGUGAUAACCUUCCAUUUCUGAGAGUCAAUCCUAUGAUGCUUGGGGAGGAGUCUCAGACUCUAGAGAUAGAGGAUGCCAAUUCUACCCAUGUUUAGGGUACAGCCCAGCAUUCCUUGGAAGGAAUUCUAAGUUGUGAGGGAAUUGGCUCAUUCACUGGGGAUUGAGAGUAGAGGAAUUGCCUAGCCAAUCAGAGAUAUCCUGUGAUUCUAGGAUUUCAGAGUCCUUUGCCUCCUCCAAGGAGGCACCUUUUCGAUGCCUCCUUUGACUCACUCCUCCCACCCCACCUCUCCUCCCUCCAGUAUCAGUAAAUCAAAGAACAGAACCCCUCCCAGUAGGGCUGCAGUAGCAUCUACAAUAUGAACAAAGGGUAAUACGUCCUGCCCCUUCUAUUUUCCUGGGAGCAGGAUAGGAUGUUGUGGAUUGCCAUAGGAUUCCCAUUCCCUGAGCAGCAUCAUACCUCCAUUAUUUUAUAUUUGCAAAUGUGUUUUGUAGAGAAUUACACUGGCCCAAAUUUCUAUGCCUUGUUAAGAAGUUAUUUUAGUGACUGUCUAUUUAGGCAGCAAAAAGCAAACUUGCCAUAUAUCAUCCCAUCAGAUAGCUGAGAUUUCAUCAUUGAAGUUGAUCAUGCCUUAGCUAAUAAUAUAAUAUUUGUAAAAUAAUUUUGUACUGAGCUAUUUUCUAGUCAGCUAAAGGCUUGAUAAUUUUUCUUGUUUAUUCUUAACUUCUCAUUUUCUCUCCAAAUGGAGCCGUCAGGUCAUACAUAGCAAACUCCCAAGGGUAACAUUUAUUCACUUACUAUUUAUCAUUUAUUUUUGCCAUAAGAUUUUCUUUGAUUAGUUUCUUUGGAAUCCUAGUUUGUUGCAUCACAGAAGCCUGAGGGGUGUGUUCCCCUUGCCUCUGUGUGGCUGUUACUGUCAGGUCACUUUUUAAGUCCUAGGUAUUGUUACAUUUCAUUCUAUAUUGGUUUUCUACCAACUGUCAGGUUUCUUUGUUGCAUUGUCACAAAAUAACUAAAUGAAAAUAUUUUCACUGUCUAAUCAUUUAUUAUUCUCAUAUUAAAUUUCUGAAAUAAUUGAAAUUUAGGGGACAAAAUUUUAUACUGAAGCACAGUAUAAUUACUGAGAACUCAUAGCUUUCCUCAGUCUCUCCCUGUCCAAGUUUAUAGAACCAAACAAUGAAAUGAAAAGCAUUUAUGGGCAGUGCCUAUGGCUCAGUGAGUAGGGCGCCCCAUAUACUAAAGGUGGUGGGUUCAAACCUCAGCCCUGGCCAAACUGCAACAAAAAAAUAGCCAGGCAUUGUGGCAGGCGCCUGUAGUCCCAGCUACUCGGGAGGCUGAGGCAGGAGAAUCGCCUAAACCCAGGAGUUGGAGGUUGCUGUGAGCUGUGAUGCCAUGGAAUUCUACCGAGGGCGAUAAAGUGAGACUCUGUCUCUAUAAAUAAUAAACCAAAAGAAAGAAAGAAAAGCAUUUGCUUUCACCCUCACUCCUUCUCUAGAGCACAAAUAAUAUUAACAAACAAUUGAAAGAAAGUGCUGCGUUGUAGGGGAGAGAUUGAAAUUCUCUGUGCAGAAGAGCCAAGUUCUUCAAUUUUUUUAGUUCGUUUAGUUUUACUAUUUUAUUGAGAAAUAGGGCUUUUAGAAAGGAAGGGAUUGUUUAAAGUUUUUUCCAGCGCUUUAUUGUGAAAAUUUUUCACCAAAUAGAAAACUUACAAAGAAGCGUACACACACACACACCACGUUGAUUUAAUUUAAAAUUAAUAACUGCCAAUGUUUAAACAAAGAUGAUGCUAACAUUCUGUUCCUUUUGACAAGUGUCUAAUUAGAGAAUGUUCCCUACACAGACAACAUCAGCUCUUCUAGGUCAGAGAGCCCUUGAUUUUCAACAGACCUAUUUCAUUCAACAUGGAUUACAUGGAAGGUGGUCUUCAUAAAAUUUUUUUUUGGUUUUCAUCUUUCAAAACUCAUACUUUAUUCCCUCUUCUCUCAGGCCAUGAUUUCUGCUCUGCUCUUUUCUAACUGGUAUGUCACUGUGAGGGUAAUUGUGAAGCUGCUCUGGAAGGGCUCUAAUUCUAAUCUCUUGCUUUAUGACUCAUCCUCAGGACUAUGAAAAUUGUAAAACUCAAUCCUCAGAUAACAUGUAGCUUUAUAGUAGAAGUAGGUAACAACUUGAAAUUAGACCUUUCUUAGUUAUUUUUUUCUUAAUGAAUUGAUACAUGCACUUUAAAAAUAUUGUUUAUUAUCUAUUGUUUAGGAAAGAAAAACUCAGACUUUUAAAAAAGUGUAUAUUGUUCCAUUAUAAUAUGUAUAUGGAGGAGUUAAAACUGAAAUCUGUCUUAUAUUAAUCAGUGGGAUUAGAUAUUAUUGUAAAACUUAUAACCUAUAGAAAAUAUCUGAGUUUAAAUUCUUGAUGAGCCCUAUCCAAUCCUUCUUAGAGAGAAUUAGAUGAAACCUAAAUCCUAAAGUCUGUUUUUAUUAAUAUAUUUAUUUGUUAAGAUCACUUCUCUGCAAAAGGUUGCCUUUUAACCCUAGAGUCUGUGGUUCCAAGGUAUGGCAUUGAAUGACUUUUAAUAUUUACAUAAAAGACUACUGUUUAGGGGACGGCAAAGGAAGGGCAUGAGUUAAAUAGUUUUGUGCUGCUUUUUGAAAAUUGAUAGCAAGGAGUGAAAACAGAAUAAAAUUAGUGGGUGGGUGGAAGUAUGGGGGAAAGUAAAGCUAUUGAAUAUAUCCUAGAAUUUUGCUCAGAAAUCACUGCUCCCUCUGAAGUGUUUCAUUGUCCUUGCUUAAACCAGUAAGUCCCCAGAGAACCCUUUCUAUUUGAAUUUCUUGUCUCUAAGCUGCAAAAACACAAUUUAUUACCUAAAGCCUGUGAUAGUGGGACUCAUUUACAAAUAGUCUUUCCUCACAAACUAAGUCCAAAGGCAAGACAUUGGCUUUGAAAUUAUUGGUAGUCCUAGUCACAAUGAUCUGAUUUCUACUAUAUGUAUGUUAAUUUCUUUUAGGCCCCAGGCAUCUGAACCAGAAUUAAUUUCAUGGCUUUGCAUCAUUCUAAGAUCUGAUGACAGGGUGCCCUAGAAAUUUAGAGAUACAUGCUUCUCUAUUAAAUCCCGUGUGUUCUAUCAUUUUAAGCGGUAGUUUUGGCUUACCUGGAAGUAAAAUAAUGUAUAUGAAAUGACUUGCAGAGGACAAAGUAUAUUUUCUAAAAUUCUAAUAAAGGAUCAUGAACCAUUCUGAAGUUUUAGUUUGAAAUACAUAUUACAGUAUAUGCUAUUCUUGAAGAGCUUUAAUUUGCAAUUCAAGGGGCUCUCUUCCUGACUCUUCAUCACUCAGGGCUGAAAAACUUAGUCUGUAAUGUUCCUUGCUAUUGGUUGUUACUGUUGCUUCUUAGGUCCUGGCUGAGAAUAAUCUGGAAAACAUUAUCUUAAUUCCUUCUCUCAUGUCCUAAACAGUACAUUUUACUAAGAAAUUCUAUAUUAGAAAUUUGUAUUCAUGUCUAAUUCUGAGAUUAUUAUGCUAUAAGUGAAUUAGCUUUCAUUUAAUCAAGCUCAGUUAUUUCCGUGUAGCCAUGUUAAAGAGCAAGUAAAGAGCUCAUGCUUUAUUCCUUCUCUCAGGCCAUGAUUUCUGCUCUGCUCUUUUCUAAAUGGUAUGUCACUGUGAGGGUAAUUGUGAAGCUGCUCUGGAAGAGCUCUAAUUCUAAUCUCUUGCCUCCUGGAGAGAGCAAUCCUAAACUGUGACUCUGGAAUACUCGUUUUCCCUUAAUAAUGAAGAGAAUUGAGCCACACAAAGUGGGAUGCACCUCUGGUCCCAGGUACAUGGGAGCCUGCCUGAGGUGGAAGGAUCAGUUGUUUUAGGCCAGUUUUUGUAACAUAGUGAGAACUUGUCUCUAAAAAUAAAUAACUGAUUAAAUAAAUACAUAAUGGGAAGUGUUUUGAAAUUCUCAGAAGAAAGCUGCUUUGUAAUCCAAGUGAUGGACUGUAAGAAAGCCAAAUUUUGGGUAAGGAUAAUUGGAGUGAAGGGAGGUGCUUGAAGAUUUCCUGUUUAAUGCCAAGUAGCUUAUAUUUCUGAAGGGCCUUUGGUACCAUGUACUCAGAUUAAUCAGUUGACUGAAGGAUGAUCAUGUUUUCUUGUUAAAUAUUUAAGCAGUUGGCAACCACGAAGACACUCUUUCCUUACAGUUCUAUAUCAUACACUGAUGCUGACAUUCCAAAAAGGGGUCUGGAAGGGAAACCAUGCCACUGUUUUGUCUUUUUCUUUAAAAUACAAAAAUACCCCAGCUAGUCAUUUAUUAUAGUCAACUUGUUUUCCACAUUCCCUAUGACGAGAAAUGCUGUCAACAUCUCAUCUCCAUGAUUUCUAAUUUAAAGAGCUCUGUACCAAAUUGUUAACUUAAUGCUUAUGUCCUGCUGAGUGGUUUUUCUUUUAAAAUACCAUAUUUUAUCACCUUGUGGCACUGAACGUGUUGCUGUGGUACUGAUGAUCCUGAGCUAUGGUUCUUUAAAUAGCUUGGUUCUUGUGUUUUUAUAUUAUGUAACAGUUUUGUGAUGCUUUUUGUGCAUUCUUUGUCUUCUCUUCUAAGUUUUGAAAUCUGUCUAAAUAAACUUUUUCACUAUGCACCUGG